GUUUGCUGCCACAGAGACAGAGAGCCUAGCACAUGGUGGGCAGCCAUUGUAUUUCCUGUUGGCUGGGUCCUGAAAUCAGCCGCGCCCCCAUAAAGCUGCUUUCCUGACCCCUCCAGGGGCAUGGCCCCUUGGGUCAGGCGUCUCUCCGUGUCUUUCUGGCUCCUGAAUUUCAGCUUCGUCACCUCGGCGGGGCUGCAUCGUCUCUCCUUUCUCCAGCUCGUCACCUCGCAGGCGGCCCCCGGUCUUCCCAGGCGGCUGAGUGUGGAGAGGGUGAACGACCUGGUGCUCUCCGUCUAUGACAGUGAGACCCGCCAGCUGCUUCCUCGCAAUGGUUACAAGCAAGACAGGCAGGACUUUUGGAGCCGGUGCCAGGAGUGGGACAACUGGGUGCAGACCACAUACCAGGUCCUGACACAGGAGGUGAACACCAGCACCCCACAGUCCGAGCCCUUCUACAUGCAGAUCUUGAAGAACUGUGAGCUGGAUGAUGCCACCGGCGCGGUCCAAAUCGUGACCAGAUAUUCCCUCAACGGGGAGGACGUGCUGCGGUACCAGUCAGACCAGAACCACUGGUUCUCGGUGCACCCAGUGGCCCGGUCCCUGGCUGAGCACUGGAACCGCACCAGGGAGACUUUUGCAGGGCUCACCCCUCAGCGAUGCAAGUUCUUGAUCGAGGAGAGUAGGGAGUUCAUCACUGGGAAGACAGCCCAGCCCAAAGUCCGUGUGAUCCCUGUCCCAGCAGCCCUGGACCAGCCACACCGCCUCAUCUGCCAUGUGACGGACUUUUACCCCCGUAACAUUGAGGUGACCUUAGAGCGGGGGGAGCAGCUGAGCAGCGGGAUCCGGCCCAACGGGGACUCCACCUUCCAGAUCCAGGUGUCCAUCAAGCUGGGGCAGGAGCGGGCCGGCCCCACAGAGCACGUGUGUGUGGUGAGACACAGCAGCCUGGGGAACACCACCCUGAGAGUGACCUGGGUUCCAGAGUCCCAGCCCCCAAAUGUGACUGGUGUCCUGGUACUUGUGGUUGGCUGCAUCCUCGCUGUGAUGGCUGUCGGGGUCUGUUCACCAUGGAGGAGGCCAGGCAGCAAGCGAGGCGGGGGAGGGACGUCCAAGUGCUGUUUUUGUCAUGUGCUCAGCUUGUGGGCUUGGGUUUCCCCAUCUCACUCUUUCUGUUGCAGCACAGAGCUCAGUACAGGAAGAGACAGCCGUGAGAACUUCAGUCCUCUCAGGCUUGGCUCCCGAAUUCCCCGUUUUCUCGUUCCCCGCAGGGCGAUGGCUUCUUGGGCCAAACUCACUUGGGUCUCCUUCUGCCUCUUGUCUUUCUGCUCUGACGUCUGGGCUGGGCUGCACCGUGUCUCUUAUCUCCAGCUCGUCACCCCACAGGCGGCCUCUGGUCUGCCUAAGCGGCUGAGUAUGCUGAAGGUGGACGACCUGCUGCUCUUCAUCUAUGACAGUGACACCAGGAAACCAGUGCCUCGCAACGGCUACAACCAGGACAGGCAGGACAUUUGGAAACUGCGCAGCACUCGGUGCCUGUCCUGGGACUCCUGGGUGGAGACCACGUACCAGGCCCUGGUGCAGGAUGUGAACACCAGUGCCCCACGGGCCGAACCCUACUACAUGCAGAUCCUGCAGAGCUGUGAGUGGGAUGAUGCCACUAGUGACAUCCGAGCCGCCACCCGCUAUGCCCUCAACGGGGAGGACAUGCUGCAGCACCAUUCGGACCAGAACCGCUGGUUCCCGGUGCACCCGGCGGCCUGGCCCCUGGCAGAGCGCUGGAACCGCGCCAGGGAGCCUUUUGGAGAACUCACCCCUCAGGGAUGCAUGUUUUUGAUCGAGGACAGUGGGCUACUCAUCACUGAGAAGACAGCUCAACCCACAGCCCAUGUGACCCUUGGCCCAGGGACCCAGGCCCAGCCGCGCCGCCUUGUCUGCCACGUGACGGGCUUCUACCCCCGCGACAUCGAGGUGACCUGGGAGCGGAGGGGCCAGGUGGCCCAGGGGGAGCAGCUGAGCAGCGGGAUCCGGCCCAAUGGGGACCACACCUUCCAGAUCCAGGUGUCCAUCGAGCUGGGGCAGGAGGGGGCCGGCCCCACAGAGCACGUAUGUGUGGUGAGACACAGCAACCUGGGGGACACCCCCCUGAGGGUGACCUGGGAUUCCCAGUCCCCAGGCCUGCCUGGUGUCCUGUGGAUCAUGAUUGGCUGUGUCCUCGCUGCCCUGUCAAUCGGCGCCCUUGGAUUGUUCCUGUGGAAAAGGCCUGGGGCCUGGAAGCGGCUGUAUCGCCCGGCACGGACAUAGCCAGGGACCCUUGACUCUGCUUCGUCCACAGCAAAGUCAUUAGGCGGUUCCUCAACAACAUCUUGCUCAGAUGACACCGGGUGACCCAACACGAACAGGCUCUGCCAUGCCACCGGCUUGGGUCCACAUUACUGCCUUGAUUUUCUUGGGUGCUCUCUAUGAUUUUCUCUGCAUGGCUCAAGUCUGCGCAAGCACAGGUAGCCUAUGGCAGUGGUGGGAAUCCUGUGGUCCCGUGUUUACUGUUGCCACCUGCAGGGAGGCCAGAUUUUGCUGGUUUGCAUCCACAUUGUUUUUUUCUGACGUGACCUGCACAGAAAACCAGGGCGUAUGUGGUGAGGUGGACGCUGGUAGCCCUGCUAUGAUUUAAUCAGCACCUCCCGUAAAUUCUGGGGAUCCAAUCGUCGUUAGCAAACUACCCUGUUCUCAGAGACUUUGUUACAACAGUCUUAACUGCUAAGACACAAGGUCCCGUCGCAGCCUGCAGCCUAGGAGGCUGAAGGGCGCCCCGAAUGUUUAACGUCUGUGUCUUUACCGCUAGGACCGGGGUCCCGUCACGGAGGGCAGCCAACAGGCUGACAGAC